AUGGGUGGAUGCGUUUCUUUUCCUCAAUCCAGAAGCUUGGGUAUCAGUUCUUCGUCAUUGAAACAAAACCAAAAUAAACAAGGAACACGUUUUCAUCAAGGUUCACCGAAUGAAAAUAAUAACAAUGCUAGAAGGUCUAAAGUUUUUAGACGAACUAAAAAAAUUCAUAAGGGAAUUAUCGGACUUCCUUCUAAUUUUCAGCAUACCGGUCACAUCGGAAUUGCUGAAAUGCGUAGUGGAAGAGUUGACCCAGAGAAAAUUAAAACUCAAAUGGCUGAAGUUGCAGCUGCAUUACGUCUAGAAAUAGUGAAUAGCUCAGGCUCGACUCAUUCAACUCCGAGAUCCGAAACUAAAUUAUUAUAUACGGAUACUCCAAACGCAUUUUCUUCGUCACCAACCUCUGAUUCGCAAUUUCAUAUUAAGAGAAAACCAACUAUGACGUCUAUCUCGUCACCUUCAUCUCGAUCUACGUCUUCACAACAAACUACGAUGGAUCCAAUGUCUGAAGUUAUGGCAGCAAUGAAAAUGCCGAUUGAUGGAAAUUUCAACGAUUACAAUAAAUAUAAUUCUGAUGCAGUAAAUUCCGGUGCAGUAAAAGUUGCGUAA